CACCGGAAGGCGUCGGUACGCAUGCGCGCUGCGGGUUUGUUUUGUGUACGGCCUGCUGGUGGUUGGGAGCUUUCAGCCUCGUCAAUAGAUGGUGGGACGCGCAGUGGAGCACUGGCCGAUCGUGCCGUGGUGGCAAGUACAGGUAUGUGUGGCCCAGUGGUUGUGUAAUCGCAAUGAAUUAUUUUACCGUCCCUGAGCCCAGAAAAGUCACUGGGAGGAGCUACUGUAUAAAAGAUUGAUUACUUCAAAUGCAUCGGAAUCAGGUUUAAUGCAACUGGAAUUCAGGAAAAAACUGCUUGUUCUUUGAGAGUUAUAGUUUUGCAUCAUUCAGUAAGUGACUAAGAGAAUUUAAUUUUUUUAAAAGGAAGAACGUUGGAAUUCUUUUUAACAAAGGAAGCAAUUUACUUUUGUUAAACAAUACUUUGAAUUACAACAAUGGAAGAAAGUAAAAACGCAAAGGAUGAAGCAUACAUAUCUGGGAAAUCAGUUUGGCUUGUCCAUGGUGAAGGUAAGGACAUGAAAGUUACUGUGCAAAAUGAUAUUGAACAAAAACCUUCCAGAAAUCUAACGGAGGGCAGUUCUCAAGAUAGCGGCAAAACUGUUUCAAACUGGAAUAAUAAAAAGUCAAAAUGGAAUGGAGAACAAAUAGAAAGAAAGAACAUUGAAAAAAUCGCAGAUGUGAAAUCAAGCAAGGGCAGCAAACAGGACAUACCAAAUUGUAUGACUAGUUCAAGGAAUUCAGGGCCAUGGAGUACACUUGACCACUGCCAAGGAAGCCGGACAUCUGGUAUGAUGACGUCAGUUGAAAAGGUGAAACAGAAGCACGUUAAGUCGCAGCAGCAAACUCUUGGGAAACUUGCAAACUCUCAUUGUGGCAGUAGUACAAAGACCGUGCAUGAAAAUGAUUGCUUACCUUUGAAACCAAAGGAAGAGAUGAAAAUGGAGUGUAUGACAGAGGCAAGCACGUCAUCUGCACAAUCGAAUAUUGAUAACAAUUCUUUGCCUGGGAAAUCCAAGCGGGAUCUUAAAGAAGUGGAAAAGAAAGCAGAUGUGGUUGGUAAGAUCUCUGCUGCAAAUGCAAACAAAGCACAUCUAUUGGAGAAGGAUAAUCCAGAGAGCAUGCCAGUGAUUGAUGAGUCUAAAAUGACAGCAGAACAACAGCUUGGACUGAAACAAGCAGAGGAAAGAUUGGAGAGAGAUUAUAUAUUUCGCAUGGAAAAACGUUCAUCAGAAUAUCCUUCCUGUCAGUACCUAUGCAAACUCUGCCUAGUUCACAUUGAAAAUAUCCAGGGAGCUCAUAAGCAUAUAAAGGAAAAACGGCAUAAGAAAAAUAUUACUGAAAAACAAGAAGAGAAUGAACUUCGUAACAUAAAACCACCAAAACAUGAUCAUUUGGCUGCUUUGACCUCUGCUGUGUUACAGGCUGCACAGCAAGAAGGAAUUUCAGAUGAGGAUUAUCAAAUCCGGAAAAAUAUUGUGAAUGAAAUGGAGAAAAUUAUUCAGCACCAUUUGCCAGUUUGCUCACUAAGGUUGUAUGGUUCAUGUCUUACAAGAUUUGCUUUCAAAACCAGUGACAUCAAUAUUGAUGUAAAAUUCCCCUGUCAUUUAAAUCAGCCAGAUGUUUUGAUACAAGUCCUGGACAUAAUUAAAAACAGUUCUUUAUAUUCAGAUGUCGAGUCUGAUUUCCAUGCCAAAGUCCCAAUUAUAUGCUGCAGGGAUAUACAAAGUGGACUAAUUUGUAAAGUUAGUGCAGGAAAUGAUGUGGCAUGUCUUACUACAAAUCUGUUGGCAGCACUGGUAAAGCUGGAACCUCGACUGAUCCCACUGAUUUUGGCAUUUCGGUGUUGGGCAAGAGUCUGUCAUAUAGACUGCCAAGCAGAAGGUGGCAUCCCUUCUUAUUCUUUUACAUUGAUGGUAAUCUUCUUUCUUCAACAAAGACAAGAGCCUCUUUUACCUGCUUACUUGGGCUCAUGGAUUGAAGGCUUUGACAUAAAAAAGAUUGAUGAAUAUCACCUGAAGGGAAUACGGAAUGAUGAAUAUGUAUUAUGGGAACACAGACCUGCAAAUUCUGGGGAAUCAAAAAGCAUAAACAGUGGAGAUGGAAAAAGCUCAAAUAAAACUGACCAGAGAAAAUCUAACAAAAAGAUGGAAAGCAGUGAACCAAAUACCCAAAACAAUUCACUAAAGGAUAAACAUGGCAGAGCUGCAUUGAAGUUUGGUUCAUCACGCCCGGUUUCUCUUGGACUCCUCUGGCUAGAAUUGCUUAAAUUUUACACUCUAGAGUUUGCAUUGGAAGAAUAUGUUAUCUGUAUACGGGUAAAAGAUCUUGUAUCAAGAGAGCAUAAAAACUGGCCAAAAAGGAGAAUAGCCAUCGAGGACCCCUUUGCACUAAAGAGGAAUAUUGCUCGGAGUUUGAACAGUCAGAUGGUGUAUGAGUAUAUUCUGGAGCGAUUUAGGACUGCAUAUAAAUAUUUUGCAUCUCCACAAGUGAAAGAUGGGAUCAAGGUAAAACCAGAUGCUAGGAAAAAAGGGAAAGUUUACAAUAAAAAGAUUGCAAAAUCUGAAGAAUGUCCAGGGAUUUGUCGUCCACCACAAAAGGGAACUGCAGUGGAGAAAGAUGGGAAAGAAGUUUCCACCAGUAGAGAAAUUGUAAAUGGAACCAGUAACUGUGGAACACUGGUGUUUGAUAACACAAGUACUGAAUCUACUGAAAAUGGCAAAAGAGAUUUUGAACUUUUAGAAUUGAAGCAUGUUUCAUCUCCUACCAGUGAAAUUACAGUGAAUUUGCUAAAAUCUGAUUUGGGGGCUGACAACUGUCCAAGAGAUUCCAAUGAAAGAUUGCUCAGUAGCAAUUCACUGGAGCAAUCUACUAGAAGACUGAAGUCUGAUUCUUCAGAGAGUUGUUCAAAGAAGACAGAGCUGAAAGAAACAGGACUUGCAUUCAACAGUGUGGAAAAUGCAACGCCACCGGACAGUUUACAGUCGCUAAAAUAUAAAGAUAAUUGUGAACUAGAAGUAGACUGCUUGGAAGGAUCUAAUUGCACUGCCAGUUGCAUUUCAACUACCUCACAGAUUUGCACAACGGAAACAGAAGCUCCUAGCUACAAUGCUGCUGAUGACAUGAACGGUGCAUCAGAAACAGGGGAACUACAUUAUGUCUUUGAGAAAAGCAUUCUAACAAAUGGAAAGCCUCCCACGAUUGUGUGCAGCAUCUGCAAACGAGAUGGACAUUCAAAGAACGAUUGCCCAGAGGACUUCAAGAAGAUUGAUUUGAUGCCUUUGCCACCUAUGAUAAAUACAUUUAAACAAAUUCUUGAUCUAGUCUGCACAAAAUGUUAUGAUGAACUUUCACCUCUGGAGGAGCAAAAUAGGGAACAAACCUUGGCAAGUUUGGAAAGAUUUAUUCGUAAAGAAUUUGAUGACAAGGCCAGAUUGUGUUUGUUUGGUUCCUCCAAGAAUGGAUUUGGAUUUCGUGAUAGUGACUUGGACAUAUGCAUGACUUUGGAAGGCCAUGAGACUGCAGAGAAACUCAAUUGUAAAGAAAUAAUAGAAGGUCUGGCAAAAGUUCUUAAAAAGCAUCCAGGUUUGAGAAACAUCUUGCCCAUAACAACAGCCAAAGUGCCUAUUGUAAAAUUUGAACAUCGACAAAGUGGGUUGGAGGGAGAUAUCAGCUUAUACAACACUCUGGCACAACAUAAUACACGGAUGUUGGCGACAUACGCUGCCAUUGAUCCCAGAGUAAAAUAUUUGGGAUAUACCAUGAAGGUGUUUGCCAAGCUUUGUGAUAUUGGUGAUGCCUCCAGAGGAAGCCUAUCCUCUUAUGCCUACGUCCUUAUGGUGCUCUACUUUCUACAGCAAAGAAAACCACCAGUUAUACCUGUUCUUCAAGAAAUCUUUGAUGGAAAAGAGGUGCCACAGAGAAUGGUAGAUGGAUGGAAUGCCUUCUUUUUUGAUGAUAUUGAAGAACUGAAGAAAAGAUUGCCAGAACUUGGGAAGAACAAAGAAUCAGUGGGUGAACUUUGGUUAGGCCUUUUGCGAUUUUACACUGAAGAAUUUGAUUUCAAGGAAUAUGUAAUCAGCAUCAGACAGAAGAAACUUUUAACAACAUUUGAAAAGCAAUGGACUUCAAAAUGCAUUGCCAUAGAAGAUCCUUUUGACUUGAAUCACAAUCUUGGUGCUGGAGUCUCAAGGAAAAUGACUAACUUUAUAAUGAAAGCUUUUAUAAAUGGACGCAAAUUAUUUGGUACACCUGUAUAUCCACAUCCUGGCUUGGAAACAGAUUACUUUUUUGAUUCAAAAAUCCUGACUGAUGGGGAGUUGGCGCCAAAUGACAGGUGUUGUCGUAUCUGUGGGAAAAUUGGACAUUACAUGAAAGAUUGUCCAAAAAGGAGGAGAAUGAAGAAGAAAGAAAAUGAGAAAGAGGAAGAGAAGGAUUCAAAGGAAGAAGAAAAAGAACUAAGAGAAAAGCGAUGCUUUAUCUGUGGUGACACUGGCCACAUGAGAAGGGAUUGCCCAGAAUUCAGAACAUCCCGAACACGGAACAACACGGUGUCAGUACCUCAGGCUACACGGAAUCUGACCAAUAUACAGACAGUAGCAACUUCCCAGCCUUUAGUGUCACAUUCAGAACAUCAUCAGGAUUAUCCACAACAUACCAGGCCAUCUUCAGAAAGUUCAGAACCACAUCAGAUGCCUCCUUAUUCUCCUCAAACUACGCAUCAGCAAUUAACACCAAAUUCAUCUCAAAUAGCUUCUGUUUCGCAUCCACAGACCCAACAGGCUGGUUCUCAGAAUAAACUUCUACAGACACUUGCUCAACCAACCCGUCAGGUUCAAUUGCCCCUGUUUCCAUACACUCAACAUCAUCCAGGUCAGUAUUCCAAUCUGCACGGACUCAACUUAAUUCAGUCACGCAGAUCACAGCACCAGGUGCAAAUGCCCACUAAUUCGUGGCCUGCUGCCCUUCACUCUGCAUCUGGUAACCAUCCCAACAUGCCUUUUCCUAUACGGUCUAGCAGCAACACAGCUAAUCCCAACAGUAUGAAUCUCAAUGAUCCUAGUAUCAUCUUUGCUCAGCCUGCUGCCAGGCCUAUGGGUAUCUCCAACACUCCUCACGAUGGACAGUGGCACAAUCACAUGACUCGCAGCACACUAGUGGGAAAUGGCACUCUGGGAGCUUCAGAUCAAAGGUUUCAGGGGCAAUUUGCAAAACUAAAUCCACCACCCAUAUCUUGGGAGCAUCAUUCUGUUCCUCAUUUUCAAGCACCGUGGCCUUACAGAAUGCCUCAAAACUUCAUUCAGCAGGGAAAUACGAACUAUCCUCAGCAGAACAAAUCCUACUACUCUCAAGGUUCUACAAUCCACAAUAACCAGCGUUUUCCAAUCAUGCAGCAAGGAAGAAUACGGAUGAACUACAUUCAGCAAAAGAAGUGACUUAAGUGGAAAUCCACAUAAUAUACAGUUACAGAUCUUAUCUGGGAAGGGAAAGAACAAAAUUAUUUUAAGAUUGUUUUUAAACUGUAUGAUUUGUAUAUAGACGAAACUUGAUUGUAAUUUUUAAUAGUUUUUUGUUGCAAUGCACCAAAAUGUGAUUUAUGAUACAGAUCACAUCUAUUUUAAUGCCUCCCAUUUUUGAAGGUGGGGUAAAAUCAUUUUUUGUUUGAUGCAAAUGUAAAAAAAAGCUUUUUUAAAAAAAAAACUGGAUUUAUUUUCUCUGUUGUAUGCAUACUUUGGCUGCCUCAGACUUUGUAUAUGGUUCUUAAAAAAAGAAAAUAUGGUUUAAAGAUGGUCAGCUGUGUUCAGAACAGAAGUAUAUAGUGCCAAAAGCCUUUUAAAAAAUAAACUGUAGCUUUUUAAUAA